AUACCAAUACAAUUGGAUUGGUAGCACCCCUGGUAACCGCCUGUUCAGAAGCACAGAAGUCCCGCGUUAAGUAGGAUGGAGGAGUCCCAGUCGCCUGAACGUGAGUCAACCCCUAACAGAGUAUACUUCAAUUUAUCCAAAUUUUCCCAUCACCGCAGUCAUGGAUCUGCGCACGAAGCUCAUUCACGCGCAGAAAUUUGCGGAUCAAGUCUUAAGGGAAAAUUUUGACCUUGAGCAGAGAGUUCGGAUCCUUACCGACAAACUCGGGUUUCGCUCCGUGCAAGAGGCUGAAGAAUCCCAAAGUCAACCGCCUCUUGAAGUUCUUCUUCAGGAGAAACUGGAUUCUGCUCGGAAACAUAUAGCUUCGCUUCAAAAAGCAGCUAUUGAAUCUUAUGAGGAGCAUCACAGUGAGGUCGAAAUCCUGCGGAAACGUAUCAAUGAGCUGGAGAAUGAGCGCUUGCUUUCGAAAGAAGCUGGCUCGCUUUCAAUGCAUAGGGAUAUUAAUUCUAGCAGUGACGUCGAUGCUCUCAAAUCCGAAUAUGAGGAGCGCAUAGAGGAGAAAAACAUCGUCAUUGCAGAGCUGAAAAACAGGCUUUCUUCCCAAGUCCCCAACCUUGGUUCUGGCACCAGAGAGAAGCAAUUAUCAUCUCCCAUCCCGGACGAAAUGAGCCCACUCAUCAUCUCUUCACAAAAUACUGCGGACACUGCUGAAUCCCUUGCGCGUCUUGAAGCCCGUCACGCUGAGCUGGAGCGUAAAUACGACCUUCUUCGUGACGAAAAACGUGCAAUAUCCCGUAAAUUCUCGGAUCAUCUGAAGAAGUGGAAAAAUUUCAAACUCUGGUGGCUCAAGGAAUAUGAGGCCGAUAAACGAGACGCAGAGAAUGGUGCCAAUGAUCCCCCCAAUACCAAUUAUAUCAAAAGACAGCGAAAGAUCAUUGCAAUGCAGCAGGCGCUGGACUCUGAAGGAAACGACGGCCCAACUGCGCUGAACAAACUGCUUUCUUCGGCAACGGAGGCAUUGAAAGGGCAUGGAGAAGAUGCGGAGGGACUUGCGGGUCGCGCUCCGUCGGAAGGAUCUUCCUCAACACGAUCUGGCGGUAUUGUUCCUCCCAAGCCGUCUUCCCCAGGGGUCAGUUUAAGUAGUAUCGAAGCAGGAAUGCAAAGGGUCUCGAACUCGGGAGAGGGAACUGAUGGCGCCGCUGCGCUUGACUCUCUACUGAUCGAGAAAAACCCGCCAACAAUAUGUUCUGGCCUCCCAAGCGCGAAGUCUCACACACUCGAGACAAAGCUCGACAAUGAUGCACUAUCUGCGAUGCCAGCACUGGACCUCCAUCGAUCAGGGUCGACGCCCGUGCCAGUCUUUUAUCCACAGGGCGAAAUGCCGACAGUCGUUGACAUGCUUCAUUCUCGAUCACCCUUACUAGAGUCGGUGCCAGUGACGCCGUCUGGGAGUCACUCUAAAUCAUCCACUAUCGCAGAGGCAAGCCUAAAAUCUAGCCCUGCACAAAGGGUCAGCACCAAAAUGACGUCUCAACGUCGAGGGGAAAGGAACACAGGUGUUGAGCCUCGCUCGCGACUAAGUACAAGCGUUCACAACCCGAAACGUAUUCCUCAAGAGUUCAUCGAUGAUGCGGAGACCGAACCAGAAUCUAAGCCUCACGAUGGACCCCGGAUGCCCCCAAGGAUUCACGAUACGCCGGGCCCUCGUUUGCAGCGACAACAUUCCUCACCAGCAACAACACCACGACGGCACUCCAAGAAACCUUGGUUACCUAACUCAGCAAAGCUAGACACCACGUACAAUAAUGAGGAGGGUGUUGUUGUGGAAGACGACGCUGUUCCUGUGCCGACCUCAUCCUUACACCGGAAAUCUCACUCAAGUGCCUCGGUGCUCGAGAGGCGUAGCUCUGAACCAACUUCCAUGACCAAAGAAGAGCGGGAACAAUAUUUUAAAAGUCUGAAGGGGAAAACACAUGAAGAAUACAAACGGGAGUAUGCGCAAUUCAAAGGGAGGGGUCGGUAUGCGCACCAGCCUGCCAGGUGAACCUUGCGUCGAGAGCCUUUUAGUGUAUUUUCUCAACAUUUCUGAAAGCGGCGAGGAAGACGAGGACAUUUUCCUCAAAUAUGAAAUUGAUAAAAGCAAGAAUGAUGGGCUUGACUACCACUUCGACGGGGUCGUUCGGAAGAAGCAGGAACGACAGAAACUCCAUGGGACGGACUGCCUGUGCUGUCGCGAUGUGAGUCCCGUCCCAUCGGUCUCGUCAAGA